AUGAAUGGAAUUCCGACCCAUCGGAAUGUUACCGGCUUGAUGCUUGACAACUACUCACAGGUCGCUAUUGACCUUGGUACGAACGAAUCGAACACCAUCGGCAUUGCUACACGAUUUGGGACGUUUGAUGCUUACGUUAUGACGGCGGACGACGUACCGAAGAUGAUUUGGUUGGUGAAUUAUCUGCGACUUUGCCGAGUCGUCGCUGACAGCUAUAGGCAAUACACUUCGAUCGUCGGGCGACCAAAGCUCAAGCCUCGCUUCAUUUUAGGCCAUCAUCAAGGAUGUUACGGAUAUAAUAAGAGCGCAACCGUUGAGGGCAUCGUGGACGGGUACCGCACCUCGGGGAUUCCCCUGGACGGAAUGCACCUAGACGUUGAUUUUCAGGAUCGAUACCGCACUUUCACCGCGAGUGAGUCAAAGUUCGGCAACAUUGGCAACUUCUUGAACGGCCUUAGGCAGAAGGGGGUAAAGUGCUGCACGAACAUCACGCCUAUCCUCAGUCUUCGAGAGUCAGACGCCGACCCGUACAUAAAUCUACGAAACUUUUGGGACGAAGGUGAUAAACUGAAUCCUGCCACCAAGUAUCUGAAGGGUCUGCCCGAUAACCAGCAGCGUGGAUGGCGAUAUGAUGGCGGUGGAUUUGCAGUGCCGACACAGCUGGAUCCAGCCAACCCCGACAUACAGAAGAUCUACACAGAUUCUGUGGAUGAGCCCGAAAAUGCACUGCGUGACAAUUACAACUUCAACGAGAAUUACAACAGCGGGUACCCAUUUCAUGGAGGUGUUAGCUACGGCACGCUUCCUGGAACCAACACCAACCUUGGCACCGCCGGCUAUUAUCCUGACCUGAACCGUACCGUUGCACGCGAAAAAUGGGGUGAGCAGUACCAGUAUCUGUUCGACAACGGUCUGGAGUUUGUCUGGCAAGACAUGACAACCCCUGCCGUUGCAGAGGUCUACGGCGACAUGCUUGGCUUCCCAUCCCGUCUUCUCAUGUCUGAUGACACUCCCAACCAAGAUCCGAAAGUUAAGCCACCGACAAAGACUGCUAUUGAGCUUUGGGGUCUUUACUCUUACAACUUGCACAAAGCAACGUACAAAGGGCUGAAUCAGCUUAAAGGGAGGGAGAACAAGCGCAACUUUAUCAUUGGCCGUGGUAGCCUUACUGGCAUGCACAGAUUCGCCGGCCUUUGGACUGGUGACAACGGCAGCUCUUGGGAUUUCUGGAGAAUAUCAGUUGCUCAAGUCAUUGCUCUGGGGUACAGUGGCAUAACAAUUGCAGGAGUUGACAUGGGAGGCUUCACCCCUGAUCCAGACAAGGAGCUCAACCCCCCGCAGUGGUGUGAUCCAGAGCUGCUGAUCCGCUGGUACACGGGAGCAUUUUUGCUGCCUUGGUACCGAAAUCAUUACAUUCAGCAUUUCGGCGGCAAGGAUUUCCAGAAUUACCCGCAAGCUCUUCAGGGGUCCAGUCAAGAUGUGUACAACCUCUACAUGUCAGUCGAGCCGAUUUGCCGUUACUACGUCCAACUCCGAUAUUCGCUCUUGCAGGUGCUUUACGAUACUAUGUUUGCAAACUUGAUUGACGGCUUGCCCAUCGCCCGGGCCAUGGUACGCCACAUGUUCUUGCUACGCCCUUUGAACAAGAUUGUUCACUAA